ACACCCCCUCCCCCCUACCAUAUAUAUGGAUCUCCCCCUCCCCUGAAAAACAAAUUAUAUAUAUACAUAUAUAUAUUUAUAUAUAUUAACUCCGUCCUCUCCAAACUCCAGUCCACAUUUCAGACAGGGUUGAGGGUUCCAUCAAUAAACCUACGACUCUUAGUCUCACCUUAAACCCCACAAACAAACUGCUACAUACAAGUUUCAGAAGAAAAGAAGCUUCAUCAUCAAUGGCGUUGAUGCUAGACAACUGUGAAGGCAUAUUACUAUCGUUGGACUCCCACAAAUCAGUCCCGGCGCCGUUUCUGACCAAAACGUACCAGCUCGUCGACGACCCCGCCACCGACCACAUCGUAUCUUGGGGAGAAGACGACACCACCUUUGUCGUUUGGCGGCCGCCGGAGUUCGCCCGUGACCUCCUCCCCAACUACUUCAAACACAACAACUUCUCCUCCUUCGUCCGCCAACUCAACACCUAUGGUUUUAGGAAGGUUGUGCCGGAUAGAUGGGAGUUUGCGAACGAAUUCUUCAAGAGAGGGGAAAAGCAUUUGUUGUGUGAGAUCCACCGGAGGAAGACGGCGCAGCCGCAGGUGGCGGUGAGCCACCACCACCACCACCAUGCCAUGAACGAGCCGAGUUUUUUCUCAGCGGCGUAUAACCCGGCGCGGCUCAGCGUGUCGCCGCCGGACUCCGACGAGCAGUUGACGCCGAACCACAACAACGCGUGGUGCGACUCGCCGUCUUUCGCGUCCUCCACCGUGAUUUCGGCGGCGAACAGCGGCGGCGGCGGCGCGAGCUACAACACCGGCUCCGUGGCGGCGCUGUCGGAGGACAACGUGCGGCUGAGAAGAAGCAACAAUAUGCUAAUGUCCGAGUUGGCUCACAUGCGGAAGCUUUACAACGACAUUAUUUACUUCGUUCAAAACCACGUUAAACCCGUAACCCCGAGCAACUCGUACCCGUCGCCGUUAACUCAUCAGAAGCCACUGAGUCAACUCGUUACCUAUCCCCAUCCCCAUCUCCCCACAAAACACCAGCCCUGCAAUAACGCCAUUUUGAAUCUCAGCUCCCCAACCAAAACCUCACAGAGCAGCGUCACUCUCGUCGAAGAAACGCCGGCGCCGGCGGCAGAUUUGUGCCGGACAAAGCUCUUCGGUUUCCCACUCCAGUCAAAGAAAAGGCUCCACCCAGAUCAGGCGGCGGCGGCGGGGCACAAGGCUCGAGUUCUCGUCUUGGAGAAAGACGACUUAGCCUUGCAUCUCAUGCCCCCUUCAUGUUAGUCUCAUAUCAUUCACUUUCAAAAAUUCUCAAUUAGUUUUCUUUUUCUAGUUUUUUUUUUACCUUAAACAACUCUGAUCUGGGUACGACUUUUCUUGUGUGGGUGUUUGUCUGUACGUGUAAAUAUGAGUUUUACUUGGCCAGAUAUGAAUUAUUGUUAAUGCAGGAGGAUUGUGAUUAGGGUGAAAAACAAACUUUAAUUAGUAUCAACUCCUAAUCAUCAAUCCUCAACAUUAAUGUUCCAAA